AUGCCAGGGACACUCCUGCCCCCGAGAUCACACCGGCAACACCCACAGAUGGACCGAACGCAGGCCUCCGGGCCUGACCUCUAUUUGAUAGCCGAUCAGGACACUGUGUACGAGCAAGAUGUCCUCCGGGAUGCUGGCAGUGUCAAGCCUUGGCUUGCCUAUAUCGAAUAUAAGCAGCAACAUGGGACUCUGUACGAGCAAGCAUUUAUUAUGGAGCGCGCAUGCAAACAGCUGCCAAGAUCAUACAAACUCUGGAAGAUGUAUCUUGAGUUCCGCAUGAAGCAUCUUCGUGGCCGCAACCCCACUGUCUACCGUGCCGAGUAUCUGAAAGUGAACUCGCUCUUCGAGCGAGCACUCAUCCUUCUGAACAAGAUGCCUCGCAUCUGGGAAAUGUUUCUUUCGUUUAUGCUCCAGCAGCCUCUAGUGACGCAGACUCGACGAAGCUUUGAUCGCGCUCUCCGGGCUCUCCCAGUCACACAGCACAAUCGCAUCUGGAAACUGUACAAAACAUUUGCGCGCUCGGCUUCCGGACAGACAGCCGUCAAAGUUUGGGCCCGCUACAUGCAGAUUCAUCCGGAAAAUGCCGAGGAGUACAUCCAACUCCUGGUGGAGAUGGGGGAGUAUACAGAGGCAGUUAAGAGGUACAUGGAAAUUUUGGACAACCCGCGCUUUCAGUCCAAGGAGGGCAAGAGUCACUUCCAGCUUUGGACAGAAAUGGUCGAAUUGCUAGUCUCUAAAGCCAAGAAGAUUGUGACUGGCCCUCAGAUUGGAAUCAAUGUCGACGCCAUUCUCCGGAGCGGAAUCGAUCGAUUCGCCGACCAGAGAGGGAAAUUGUGGGCUGGCUUGGCGACUUACUGGAUCACAAAAGGCCACUUUGAGAAGGCUAGGGAUGUCUUUGAGGAGGGGAUAACAACCGUGAUGACGGUCCGCGACUUUACACUGGUCUUUGAUUCCUACGUCGAAUUCGAGGAAUCCAUCAUUGGCAAUCUGAUGGAGGCGGCGGCCGUUCGUGCCGAGAAGGGCAAGUUGGACAAGGAUGCGGACUUUGAUUUGGACCUUCGCAUGCUGAGAUUCGAGCAAUUGAUGGAUCGGAGGCCUUUCUUGGUGAAUGAUGUCUUGUUGCGACAGAACCCUAACAACGUCAUCGAAUGGGAGAAGAGGGUUGCCUUGUGGGGGGACAACAAGGAAGAGAUAGUCCAGACGUACACAGCCGCCAUUGCCGCCAUCAAUCCGAAGAAGGCACACGGCAAGUUCUCCGAGCUCUGGAUCAACUACGCCAAGUUUUACGAGAACGGCGGGGACCUGGAUACCGCUCGAGUCAUCUUCGAAAAAGCGGCCAAGGUACCCUUCAAGUCUGUGGCUGAGUUGGCCGAAGUAUGGUGUGAAUGGGCAGAGAUGGAGCUGAGGAGCGAGAAUUUCGACAAGGCAGUUGAGAUCAUGGCCAAAGCCACCCAAGCGCCCAAGAAGUCCACGGUGGACUACUUUGAUGAGACGCUGUCACCACAGCAGCGGAUCCAUAAGAGCUGGAAGCUUUGGAGUUUCUAUGUUGACCUGGUGGAGAGCGUCGGUUCUCUGGAUGAUACGAAGAAGGUCUACGAGCGAAUCUUCGAGCUGCGCAUCGCAACGCCUCAGACAGUGGUGAACUACGCCAAUCUUUUGGAAGAGCACAAGUACUUCGAGGACUCGUUCAAGAUCUACGAGCGCGGGCUCGAUUUGUUCAGCUACCCGGUUGCUUUUGAACUCUGGAAUCUGUAUUUGACCAAGGCCGUGGACCGGAAGAUUGGGAUCGAACGACUGCGCGAUCUUUUCGAACAAGCCCUCGAUGGAUGUCCACCGAAAUUCGCCAAGGUUCUCUAUCUGAUGUACGGCAACCUGGAAGAGGAGCGUGGCCUCGCCCGCCACGCAAUGCGGAUCUACGAACGGGCUACUCGGGCAGUCUCAGACGAAGACCGAUUCGAAAUGUUUGAAUUUUACAUCACCAAGUCGGCCUCCAACUUUGGACUUACGUCCACGCGGCCGAUCUAUGAGCGCGCGAUCGCGGCCCUGCCGGACCAGGAGGCGAAGGAGAUGUGUCUCAAGUUCGCCGAGAUGGAACGACGUCUGGGCGAAAUCGACCGUGCCCGUGCUAUCUACGGCCAUGCCUCGCAGUUCUGCGAUCCUCGAACCAACGCCGGAUUCUGGCAGAAAUGGGAGGCCUUUGAAGUGCAGCACGGCAACGAAGAUACUUUCAAGGAAAUGUUACGCAUUAAGAGAAGCGUGCAAGCACAGUACAACACUGAUGUCAACUUCAUCGCUUCUCAAGCCAUUGCUCGGAGCCAGCAGAGACACGCGCAGGAUGGCGGUGUUGAAGGCGAAGGGCUGGAUGUCGAUACAGAAGCCGCCCAAGAGCGCGCGGACGCAAUGGCAGCGCUGGAACGACAGGCUCGCGCCCCGAUGGGCUUUGUUGCUGCCAGCACCGGGCCCGAAGGAGGGAAUCGGCCUCAUCACACUGAAGCGGUCCCCGUCGCAGCGCCGGCUAACCCUGAUGCCAUUGAUUUGGAGGAUAUGGACGAGUAG